UCUAAGGCGCUUGCUCCGAGCCGAUAAUCUAGCCGUGAGAAACGCGUCUUUCCGUCCGCUUAAAAUCGAAAUAUAUUCAUAAUCGUGUAUUUGUAUUAAAAUAUAAACGCCCGUUUAUUUAUGCGUUUAUUGUGUGAGCGCUGACAGUUUAAAAUAGGGCGUGAAAAUAAAAUAAAUUUUGUGACCGAUUUAAAUAAAUAAGCAAUUUCCAAAAUGAACCUUAAAUUAUUAGCGUUUGUUUGUGCUCUGCUCCACCUCGGCACCUUGACCCAUGUCCUGUCGGCCGCGAGCACAGUGCGUCCCUACAAGUUCGGCUUCACCAUCGACGAGCAGCAGCAUCGGGCGGAGAAGAGAGAUGAACGCGGCAUUAUCAUGGGCGAGUUUGGGUUCAUCACCGCCGAUGGAAUCUAUCACGUGACGGUUUACGCCACCGACGAGGAGGGCAAAUUCCGUAUAAUCUCCAUGAAGAGCUAUCCUUAUGCAGGUCCAGUUGGUCCAAAAAAUGUUCCUGUGACAACGACCCCGAAGGUUCUGCUCUCUUCAGCUCCGGUGGAUCUGCCCAAGUACAACUUCAACACGGAGGCCUGUUCCGGUUGCUUCCUGAAAAAGUCCCCUCCCAAAACGGAAAUUCGAACACUUUCACAGCCAUUGGCUCCAGUUCAACCAGGUAAGCCCGAUGGCUCUUCAGAUAUCGGCCUGAAUGUGCAGUUGCCCUUCCGGGAGUCCAUUGCACAGACUGUGGCAAGUCGUCUUGGCUUGCACCAAGAUGCACUGCAAACCUCCAACACAAACACGAAGACACCAGACACUAAACAAAUCGAACUUGGUCUCAACUUAGCAAUGAACACAUACUACACCACAAAGCAAGCUGUAACCGGACAUGUUAGCACGCAGACCUCCAAUUCGCAAUCUCCGAGUGCCAGCACAAAGAUCGACUACAAUGUGGGCGUGGUCGAGAAGCUUGCACCACCAGUAUAUCCGCCAUUGAACCUUCAGUUGGACGAGGACGCUAUAAGACAAGCUAUUACAUAUGCCAACAGGAUACCUGGCCCUGUGGCCUUGGCCAAUCAGCAUGCAACGGUUCCACUUGCCAGUAACAUUCAAUCCGUAGCACAACUUCCGAAUGCGGGACUUAAAAACAUUAAUAGAUCGGGAGUUUCCUCUGCGAAAACGGUGGCCAAUUCGAAGACAAGACCCACACUCCAACUAAACCCACACCAAACACCUCUUUUGAGUUCAGCAACCGCCGCAGGAGUUUCUGGAGUGUCAGCGAAUGCACCAACCGGAAUUUCUCCCUCCAUCGGUGGAGGUAGUCUCAGUGCAGGAGGGCCAGGCGGAAGAAUUGGUUCUGGAAGCAGCCUUGGAGGAGCCUCUGCUGGAGGCAAAGCCUCAGGAAUUGGCGGUGGAAUUGGAUCUGGCAGCGGAGUUGGAGGAGUUGCUACUGGAAGCAAAGCUUCAGGAUUUGGCGGAGGAAUCGGGUCUGGCGCUGGAAGUGCCUCUAGUGCAACGGGUGAUCUGUACAAAUUCAAGUACGUCCUGGACUACAAUGGACACGAGGAGACCGGCGGUCGCAAUGGUGACAAACAGGGUAGCUACUUCGCCAUCGGCGAGGAUGCAGUGCAGCGGACCAUUGAGUACAUUGCGAACGAGUUUGGAUUCCAGCCCCACGUCAGCUGGCGGAAAUUGGACGCCAAGGAGGCGCUGCCCAAGGAGAAUUCGCUGAAGCACUACGAAUUCAAAUGGUUUAAUCAGGAAUAGUAGUUAUACGGUGAUUUUUCGGUGGAUCAGUCCAAGGCUAGGCUAGGCACCUUUUUCCCCCAUUUUUGGUUAAUUUCGAAUAAAUACAACGUUAACAGAAAAAUG